CAUUAAAUAACCCCUUUCCUCAUUUUCUCUCUCCUUUUUUUUCUUUUCUUUUUCCUCUCUUCCCCAAAAAAUAAACCCUAAUCAUUCUUCCUCAGAGUUGCAGGUAGCUCAGCUACACAGAAGAGAGUGCUCAACAACAAUCCUCUUUUCUUUUUGCUCAUCCAUCUAUCCAUCCACUUUUUAAGUGCACUAUUUCUAUAAACAGUAAUUCUAUCUUUUUUUUUCUAGAUCAUAUCGUGAAAUAAAAAUAAAAAAAAGGUAAGAAAGAAAAACAAGCAAGAGAUUACAAAACAAAAAAAACCUUCAUUAUAUUGCAUAUCCAACCUUUUUAGAUUUGUCCCAUACUUUUCUUACUCCUCUUGAUCAUCAUCAUAAUCGUCGUCUUCGUUUUCUCUCUCCUCAUUUUUCCGUUGAGAUUGAUCGGAGAUGGAGUCGGGGAAUAGUAGUAGCAUGCAAUCAUCGAGCGGCGGAGAUGAUCAGGAAUACGAAUCGAGCGGCGGCGGUAUGGCGGCUGCUGCAACAGCAGUAUAUAGUACUAAUACUGCUACACUACUGCAACAACAACCGUCUCAUUUUACUAACAAUCAAAUGUUUAUGUUAUCGCCGCCGUCAAACAAUCAAUUACCUCCUCCUGUGCCGCCGUCAUUACCGCCGUCAAAUUCGGGUUACUUAGACUCUUUUGAAACGCAGACGAAUUAUCAUAAUUUGAUGUUUGGUUGGCCACAGCAACACCAGUUCGGUGGCGGUGGUGUGACUGGUGUCGGGUUAUCUGAUCCUAAUCAAAGUUGCACCACCCCUAAUACCACCCAUCUUCUUCCGCCUCCUCGAUCAGUCGCUGGGCCGUCGUCUGCGUCACCUCUUCAACAGAAUAUGACCACCGCUGUUGGAGGAGCUGCUGGAGCUAGCGGUAGUGGCGGCGGUGGUGGUGGAAGUAAGAAUCCGAGAAAGAGGACAAGAGCGUCAAGAAGAGCGCCAACGACGGUGUUAACAACCGAUACGACGAAUUUCCGAGCAAUGGUUCAGGAAUUUACCGGCAUUCCUUCAUCUCCAUUUUCAGCAGCUGCAUCUCCUCUCCUUUCACGGCGGCUUACCGAUCUCCUCUCUGGUUCCGGCUCCAGUUUACGGUCAGCCCCACCGCCGCUGAUGGCGGGUACGAACUCAACCUCACUCGAAAGACUUCUUGCCGGGUUCAACAACAACAACAACAACAACAUUUACCCAUUUAGACCUGCACCUCAUAAACCCAACAACAACAACAACAACAACAACAAUACCCUACAAAAUAUAAACAAUAUGAUCAGUACUUCUUCUUCAACUCCAAACAGUAAUAACAAUCAUCUCUCAUUUCAAUCUCUCCUACAAUCAACAACAACAGUAACAACACCAACAACAAAUUCUGUACGGUACCCGUCUAUAUUUUCGGACCUUGGUGGGGUAAUAGGGAAUCAUGAUCAGUUGUUCGGGUUCGGGUCAUCGGACCCUAGUGGUAGUGGUGGUUGGAGAGGCGGUGGCGGAGGCGGAGGUGGAGGAGGAGUAUCGAAUGAUCAAGAUCAAGAACAACAUGAUGAUGGAAAUUUCAGAGGUGCUGAAAAGAGUAAUAAUAAUAAUAAUAAUAAUAAUAAUAAUAAUAAUGUUAGUAAUCAGCAAAUGGGGGGGUCGAUUAGUGGAGGAGGUGGGACUUCCAAUUAUAAUGUGAAUGUCAAUUGCUCAAGAGAUAAAGGUUUAGACACCCCCCCUAACAGAGGUGGUGCCCAAGGUACGUUGGGUGAUUUUCUUGGUUAAUUUUUUAAUUUUUAGUUAGUUUUUUUUUUAUUAUUAAUUAAUUAUAUACCAAAUCCUAUAUAGUGUACGUAGGAUCAAAUUAAUUAUUCAUAUAGUUUUAGGAAUACAAAAUGAAGAAUUUUGGCUCCAAAAAAAAAAAGAAGUAUGUUGUUAAAUGUUAAUUAGUUAUGUUGUUAUAAUUAUUAUAGAUGUAAUCAUAGUACUAGAUGAGACAAUCCAAGGUUGAAUAUCAACCAAACACAUUGUUAUAAUUAUUAUAAUUGUUAUAAUGAUGAAUUAUGAUUAUGAUUAUGAUAUCAUCUUUUUUUC